GCAGCAGAGAUAGCGACUAUGUGGAAUUAUGUACGCGUUUAUUUAGAGCUGGGCACAAGGGAACAAUGUGUUAAGUUUUCUGAAGAUAUGGGACUUAUAUUAAAAUCUAAAUUGUGUCCAGUUCACAAAAGCUACACGUCGGUGAGUGAUGCCGGCAACGAAACAGUGGGCUCAUUUAGGUGCAGCAAAGGCAACUGCCGGACAAAGGCAAGAGUUUCCCGGGCCACCAAUACAUGGUUCGAAAAUGCCAAGAUAUCACUGCCGCUAAUCUUUCAUAUAAUAUAUGGAUUUGCCCACCAUUGGUCGCAAGCAGCCGUAAGGCUUGAAAACCCCUAUAAAGGAACCACAUUGUCAAGUGUGACAAUUACUGAUUGGUAUAACUACUGUAGGGAGGCGGUAGUUUUAUAUGAAAUCGAUUUACAGCAUUUUGUUGGUAAAAUUGGUGGUCCGGGGAAAGUCGUCCAAAUCGACGAAUCUAAAUUUGGAAAAAGAAAAUUUAAUAAAGGGAGGAGGGUUGACGGUCAUUGGGUCCUUGGCAUGGUUGAAGAUGGUAGUGAGGACAUACGUCUUGAAGUGUGUCCGGAUAACGCUCGGUCUGCAGAUGUGCUCAUCCCUCUAAUCCGCAAGCAUGUCGUAGAGGGAACAACAAUCCAUACAGAUUGUUGGAAAGCCUACGACUGCUUGAAGGAUUACGGGUAUGUGCACCGGAAAGUUAACCACAGCGAUCCGGAGAAUCCGUUUGUAGCGCCGGAUGGGACACACACUCAAAGAAUUGAGUCGCAGUGGCGUGUAAUUAAAAGGUACUUUGCUAAAGAUAACUACAAUAACCCAGCCAAUUUUGCUGAGAUUGUGGUUGAAUAUUUGUGGCGUAGAAAUAUAAGUAGGCGCCAUAAAUAUCCUUUUUUACAACUUAUUAAUGCAAUAAAACACACCUAUAAGCCGUAAUUACAAUUUGUUUUAUUUUUACUCAAGGAUUUUCUCCAAUAUUUUUCAUAGAAGAGUUUCACUUAGGAACACUAUGCAAGGCGAAGCCGGUGUUGGUCCGGCCCAGGGUUACAAUUCAAAGCGCGGCCCAAGGCCGCCAAUUUACAAAGGUGUUUCACUUAAGAAAACUGUGCAAGGCGAAGCCGGUGUUGGUUCGGCCCAGGGUAACAAUCCAAAGCGCGGCCGAAGGCCGCCAAUUUACAAAGGGGUUU